AUGAUUUCCCCAGUCCGUCAUCGUCCGCUGGCACGAUAUGUUGGUCGUCAUUUGUUCGCGCAUACACACUGCUACUGUACUGCUGCAGCAGCUAGCUCGGUACCUGCAGGAGAGACUCAUAUCGACUUGAGUACUGUCGGUGCGUUGCCACCGCGCAGCACCGCUCCAAGAUACCAAGCUACAGCCUUUCCUUACGAGGAAUUGUAUCAACAUGUCCUUGACAAGAAGAAGAAAGAUCAAUCAUACCGUUAUUUCCGCAGUAUAACCCGUCUACAGGACCAAUUUCCUCUGGCGCGAUGCAACCGUACCGGGAAGAAGGUCGAUGUUUGGUGCUCCAAUGACUAUCUGGCGAUGGGCAGUCACCCGGCCGUGAUAACCGCUAUGGAAGACGCUUUACACACCUAUGGCGCUAAUUCGGGCGGAUCACGAAACAUCGCUGGACAUAGUUCCCUAGUGGAGACAUUGGAGGCCAGUAUCGCAGAACUACACAAAAAGCCUGCGGCCCUGUACUUCAGCUCAGGAUUUGCCGCAAACGAGGCUGCUCUCAUAACGUUGGGAUCCCAAUUGCCCGACUGCGUCAUCUUCUCCGAUGAGCUGAACCACGCUUCGAUGAUCGAUGGCAUCCGCCAUUCCAAGGCCAAGCGUCAUGUCUGGAAGCACAAUGACUUGGCCAGUUUGGAAGCCUUGCUGGCAUUGUAUCCCAUUGAGGUUCCCAAGAUCAUCGCAUUCGAAUCCGUCUAUUCCAUGUGUGGCACAAUUGCACCAAUCGCCGCCAUCUGCGACCUUGCUGAAAGGUACGGUGCGAUAACCUUCAUGGACGAGGCCCACGCAAUCGGCCUCUACGGACCUCGCGGGGCCGGCAUCGCAGAACAUCUUGAUUUCUCUGCACACCAGUCAGGUCGACUAACAGGGCGAACGACCAUGGAGCGAGUGGAUGUCAUCUCGGGUUCCGUGAGCAAAGGUCUGGGUACCAUGGGCGGCUACAUCGCCAGCUCAGCAAGGCUAAUUGAUCUGGUUCGGUCGGUUGCUCGAGCUUUCAUCUUCACAACGACCCAGUCACCCGCUGUCAUGGCCGGCGGCCGUGCCGCCAUCCAACACCAGCUGCAGCAUCCGGACGGUCGCAUCGCGCUGCAGCGAAAUGUCGCCGCCGUGAAGCGCAAGAUGGCGGCGUACGACUUGCCCGUGCUGCCGAACCAGUCACAUUUGGUGCCUCUCAUGAUCGGCGAUGCUGAGCUCACCCGACGGGUGACCGAUCUCUUGUUCGACGAGUACCAUAUCUACGUGCAAGCGAUAAAUAGUCCUACGGUGGCUGUGAACAUGGAGCGUGUCCGCAUUUCUCCGACUGGGGCUCACGGGGCUGCGCAGCAAGAUGCACUGGUUGGUGCGUUAGUGGAUAUUUGGAGUCGAUUGGGCCUGCGUAAGGGAUCGGAUUGGCAACGGAUGGGGGUCUGGGAUGCGAAAGAUGCGGCUGUGACGCAGCUCUGGACAGAUGAACAGCUGGGCUUGACUUUAGGACCGUUUGCGUCUGCAGCAAGUAGCCUUUCCUACCCGUUGCCUGACAUGCCUGCGGAAGGACAUGUCCAGGGCGCAAUUUCAAGUAAAGCCCCAGCUUCAAUCCCUUAA